AGAAGGUUAUCCAGAUAUUUUGGUCGAAGAGAGUGAGGAAGAAGAGCAGAGAAAUGGUGGUUGGGAGAGUUGUUGUUCUAAAUCCUCCCUCCAAUCUGUUCCACAAUCCUUCUUCUGCUGCAUCGCUCAUACCUCCACACACUCGUCUUCUCUCUUUCUCCGCUUCCGCCGCCGCCGCCGCCGCCGCCUCCUCCUCCUCCUCCUCCGCCAAUCGCACUCGUCACACACCCACUACCAAAAACGAUUCUCCCUUCUCAACCUUCGGAAGAGUCAAGACUCAGAAACCGAAAACUCUGCUCCACAGAAGCAGGGACCGAAGACGUACCCUUCAAGUUGAAGAAGAAGAAGAAGAUGAUGACGAUAACUAUGGUAAUUAUGAUGAUAAUGACGACUACUCAGCCCCAAGACGAGGAAGACCCUCUCAGUCUGGGUCUCGGUCAGGUGGACGAAAACGAGGAGGAUGGGAUAUCAUUCCCAGGUUUCCCUCACAAGCCGAGUCAACCACUGACACAAACUUCUUCAGUCUCAAGUCAUUUAAAGAAAUUGGGUGCGCUGACUACAUCAUUCAAUCCCUCCAAAAAAUCUUCUUAACGCGCCCUUCCCAUGUACAGGCCAUGGCUUUUGCUCCUGUUCUUAGCGGAAAGACUUGUGUCAUAGCCGACCAAAGUGGUUCUGGAAAGACAUUAGCUUAUCUUGCACCAAUCAUUCAGCGUCUUAGACAAGAAGAACAAGAAGGACGUAGUCAAUCCUCUUCGCAAGCUCCUAGAGUGCUGGUACUCGCACCCACUGCGGAGUUAGCUUCUCAGGUCUUGGAUAAUUGUCGAUCCCUGUCAAAAUCUGGGAUUCCAUUCAAAUCUAUGGUUGUCACGGGAGGUUUUCGACAAAGGACUCAACUGGAAAAUUUACAGCAGGGAGUUGAUGUCUUAAUAGCAACGCCUGGCCGUUUUUUGUACCUCAUGAAUGAAGGCUUCUUGCAGUUAACAAAUCUAAGAUGUGCUGUGUUGGAUGAGGUAGAUAUUCUCUUUGGAGAUGAGGACUUUGAACGGGCUCUUCAAUGCCUGAUCAAUUCUUCACCGGUCGACACACAGUACCUAUUUGUGACUGCAACUUUACCAAAAAAUGUUUUCACCAAAUUGGUUGAAGUUUUUCCUGACUGCCAAAUGAUUAUGGGGCCUGGUAUGCAUCGAAUAAGUUCUCGUCUUGAAGAGAUUCUAGUAGAUUGCAGUGGAGAAGAUGGACAAGAAAAAACUCCUGAUACAGCAUUUUUCAACAAGAAAACCGCACUUCUGCAGCUUGUGGAGGAAAGUCCUGUUCCAAGAACAAUUGUGUUCUGCAACAAGAUUGAAACAUGCAGAAAAGUUGAAAAUUCAUUAAGGCGUUUUGAUAGAAAAGGAAAUAACAUGCAAGUUCUACCAUUCCAUGCUGCCAUGACACAAGAAUCACGGCUUGCUAGCAUGGAAGAGUUUACUCGUCCUCCUUCAAAAGGAGUUUCCCAGUUUAUGGUUUGCACCGACAGGGCUUCGCGAGGAAUAGACUUUGCAGGAGUGGAUCAUGUCAUACUCUUUGACUUCCCACGUGAUCCAAGUGAAUAUGUACGGCGUGUUGGAAGAACAGCCAGAGGUGCGAGGGGAGUAGGAAAGGCAUUUAUUUUUGUGGUUGGCAAGCAAGUAUCCCUUGCAAGCAAAAUAAUGGAAAGAAGUCGGAAGGGUCACCCACUACAUGAUGUGCCUACACCAUAUUAGCUUAUGAAGUAGAGUCACUGCUUCAAAAGGUUGCUCUCAACUUCACUUCUGAAUCAUUGAAAGGAGAGCUAUAUUAGGUGGUUGGCAACAGUUGUAGCUAAAACGUUUAUUAUCAAUAUCUCUGAAGAAUGAAAUCAAAGAUUUUUACCUACGCGAGUUUAUAGCUGCAUUUUCACUCUUCGCAGUUUGCAAAAUGUUAAUCCAACCAGUAGUACAAGAAGAUUUUGACGUCACUAUAUGGUCCUGAGUUAUGGCUGCUCAUUUUGAUCGUUACGACAGUAUUUCGUCCAUUGUAUUAGUCUCUGUUAAUUUCAAUACUUAACUGACUCUCACGUCAUGUUAGGCUUCAUGUAAGACGUAGAUGUGGUUAAUAUCUACACAACUUUCUCUCUUUUGAGGCUAAAAUGAUGGAUGUGUGAAGCCAGUUUAAGCAAAAUCCAAGUCCUAUAUGUGGUUAAUAUGAGACAGUUUUCUUUCUCUUAUGGAAUCUAAGUAUAACUGAAUAUACAUUCUGGGGAACAAUAUUUUUACAUUUUUUUUACCUUAAUAAAAGUUAUAUAUAGUAUCAUAA